AUGAAACCGCAUUGCUUGCUUCCUGACUUUCCCCGUCCAGUGGUUGCCCAACAGGCUGCGCUUAGCAACAGCACCGGCAGGGGAGGGGAGGGGGAGCGUGGUUUGCACCGGUGGUCCCAUAAUGGACUGCAUCUGGCAACAGCAGCGGACGACCAGACAGUGCAUGUGCACGGCAGGAGAGAGCGGUGGAGAUGGGGAGGGGGGAUGGGAAUUGGGUGGUCUCACAACGGCUUGCAUUUGGCAACCGCAGCAGAUGACCAGACGGUGCAUGUGUACGGCAGGAGGGAGGGGCGGGGGAGCGUGGUGUUUGGGGAGAUGGACGCUCCUAAUGUGGAGAAUUGGACUCUCAUGCACUCUUUGAGAGGGCACACGGGGGAAGUGGUUGAUGUUGAUUGGUCUCCGGAUGACUCAUUAAUCGCCACCUGUAGCCUCGACAGCACGGUGCGGAUCUGGCAGCCAAUGACGGGGCGCCAGGCGGCGGUGCUGACGGGGCACAGCAGCUUCGUGAAGGGCGUCGCGUGGGACCCCAUUGGCCGGUUCCUCGGCAGCCAAUCAGACGACAAGAGCGUGAUCGUGUGGCGGGUGAAUGAUUGGUCGGUGGCGAAGCGUGUGGAGGGACCCUACCCCAAGUCGGUCGGAGCGACUUUCUUUCGCCGCCUCUCCUUCUCCCCAUGCGGAUCCUACCUCACUACAGUCCACGCCUUUGCCGACCCAAACCACACGGCGGCAAUCCUAGACCGCACGCUCGGGUGGGCUAAGAAUCUGGACUACGUCGGGCAUACCGGACCUGUCACUGUGGCUCGGUACAGCCCCGUGCUUUACCGAACCUCACUGGGGGAGGGGAGGCCUGGGAGGGGUGGUUCGGAGGGUGACGGAGGGAGGCUAGAAGACCUUCGUUCUCAUCACCUUUCUCUCGUUUCCCUCUCUCCCCGGUUCCCUCUCUCCCCGGUUCCCUCUCUCCCCGGUUCCCUCUCUCCCCGGUUCCCUCUCUCCCCGGUUCCCUCUCUCCCCGGUUCCCUCUCUCCCCGGUUCCCUCUCUCCCCGGUUCCCUCUCCCCAUGAAGGUCCCCAUGCGGCCUUCACAUGCUCUGCUGCUGCUCCAGGCCUCCUGAAAACAAUCACCCCUUCAUGUUCACCACCCACCCCUCUCCACCCCUUUCUCUUCCCCCCAUGUAGGUCCCCAUGCGGCCUUCACAUGCUCUGCUGCUCUGCAGACGGCACUGUAGCAGCCUUCCUCUUCGACCAAUCAGAGCUCGGCAUCCCUCUGACGCGCCGCGAGAUGGAUGGCCGGAUCGCCAGCCUGUACGGCCACCGCCACGUGGCGGCAUCCCAUUCGCUCGUGGAGGACCCGGAACUGCUGGCGCUCCAGCAACAGGUAGAGAGAGAAGAGGCCGCCGCCGCCGCUGCUGCUGCUGCUGCCGCCACGACUGCUGCAGCUGCUGCAGUGUUUGGGAAUCCAAAAGUUGGUAACCAGCAGAUUGGUAACCAGCAGAUUGGUAACCAGCAGAUUGGUAACCAGCAGGUUGGUAACCAGCAGAUUGGUAACCAGCAGAUUGGUAACCAGCAGAUUGGUAACCAGCAGAUUGGUAACCAGCAGAUUGGUAACCAGCAGAUUGGUAACCAGCAGAUUGGUAACCAGCAGAUUGGUAACCAGCAGAUUGGUAACCAGCAAGAGAGAGAGACCAAGAGGCAAAAGCUGGGGCAGAGGCUUGGAGUGGAAGGAGCAGAUGGGGGAGGGUUCAACGUGGGUUGGAGGCUGGGAGAUGGGAUAGGCUCGGAAAGAAAUGGUUCGGAUAGGCUUGGGUUGGGAGGAAGGGAGGAAGAAGCUUCCAGGUUGGCGAGAGAGGGACGGGCCUCAGGAUUGGUGGUUAGAGUGGAAGUGAGGGGAGGGUAUGGGGUAGGAGGGGAUGGUUGGGGAAGAGGGGAGGGUGGUGGGGGAGGGGAGGGAGGAAGAGGGGGAGAGGGAGGGAGAGAGGGGGAAGGAGAAGAGAAGGUGGAGAGGGUGGUGUAUGGGAGUGUGAUUGCUGAUGCCAUGGCCUUGCAAAGAGCAGCUGCUGCUGGUGGGGGUGGCGGUGCUGCUGCCGCUGGUGCUGGCGAGCGGCUGUGGAAUGGUGGGAGGAGGGUGGUUCUGGAAGCAAGAAUGCAAGCAGACACAGGUGAGAGGGUGGUGGAUAGGAGAAGGGAAGGGGGGGAGGGUGGUGGACAGGAGAAGGGAAGGGGGGGAGGGUGGUGGAUAGGAGAAGGGAAGGUGGAGAGGGUGGUGGAUAGGAGAAGGGAAGGGGGAGAGGGUAGUAGAGCUGCUGCUGCUACUGCUGGUGAGAGGGCGGCGUAUGGGAGAAGGGAAGGUGGAGAGGGUGGCGUAUGGGAGAAGGGAAGGUGGAGAGGGUGGCGUAUGGGAGAAGGGAAGGUGGAGAGGGUGGCGUAUGGGAGAAGGGAAGGUGGAGAGGGUGGCGUAUGGGAGUGUGGAGCUGCUGCUGCUACCCAUCUCUUCUCUUCCUUGCUUCACAUCCCUCCCCCACACCAGAUGCCUCUCCCUUUGACCUCCUCUGUUCGCUCAACAGCCAUGUGCUGUGGCGGGACCGCCUCCCUUCCCCCGUCACUGCCAUUGCCAACUGUUACCUACCCCACGGUGGGCCUUCUCCGCUCCUGCUCUCCCCACUGUCAUCGCCAGCUGCCUCCCCAUUUCCUCCCUUCUCUGUUCCCCUUCUCCGCCCCUGCUCUCCCCCACCAGGCACCUCCCCUUCUGACCUCCUUUGUUCCCUCAACGGCCAUGUGCUGUGGCGGGACCGACUCCCUUCCCCCGUCACUGCCAACCCACUGUCUGCCAUCUCUGUUCCCCUUCUCUCCCCCACCAGGUACCUCCCCCUCUGACCUGCUCUGCACCUCCCCCUCUGACCUGCUCUGUUCCCUCAACGGCCAUGUGCUGUGGCGGGACCGCCUCCCUUCCCCCGUCACUGCCAUUGCCGGCUACGCCUUUCACUCUGACCUGCUCUGUUCGCUCAACGGCCAUGUGCUGUGGCAGGACCGCCUCUCUUCUCCUUCCUCUUUCCCUCCCAACCUAUCCCCCAUCCCCCCCCCCAACCAGACGCCUCUCACUCUGACCUGCUCUGUUCCCUCAACGGUCACGUGCUGUGGCGGGACCGCCUGCCUUCCCCCGUCACUGCCAUUGCGGGCUGUCCACUCAUCCACUCCCUUUCUUUUCCCCUACUCUCUCUCCCACACACUAGGCACCUCGCCCGCUGACCUCCUCUGUUCGCUCAACGGUCAUGUGCUGUGGCGGGACCGCCUGCCUUCCCCCGUCACUGCCAUUGCCGGCUGUCCCCCUUCCGCUGCUGUCUCCUCCCAUCCCUCUACCCUCCCAUCUUCGCCCGGAGCCUCUCUCUGGGCUGUGGCCUGUGCUAAUCACUCUCUGCUGACUGUCCCCCUUCCACUGAUUCUGCCUCCGCCCAUCCCUCAACCCUCUCCCGGAGCCUCUCUCUGGGCCGUGGCCUGUGCUAACCACUCUCUCCUGAUAUUCUCUUCUGCCGGCCGACGCCUGCUUCCUGAAAUCCUCCUCGAUUCCCCCGCCGUCCUUCUCUCCUGGUCCGCCGCCGAACCUGAACAUCCAUCUCGAUUCGGCACCGAGCCUCCGUCUUGGUCCGGCGCCGAGCCUAAGAACCAGGCCUGGUUCGGAGUAUCUAGAAACCAACGGCUCGUGUUUAAGAGUCCACUGGAGCAGCUAUGGGAUCGGCAAGGGGAAGGGGGGAUUGGGACGUGGGGAGGGCGAGAAGAGGAGGGGAGUGGGGAAGGAGGAGGGAAUGGGGAAGGAGGAGGGAGUGGGGGGCGGGGAGGGCGAGGGGAAGGGGGGAUGGUGGGGCCGAUGCUGCUGGUGGUGACGAGGGGAGGGGGAGUGCGCGUGUGGGACAUGGGGCGGCUACAGCUGCUAGUGGAUGCUGAUAUGGGCGCACUGGGAGCAGAGGCAGCAGAAGGUGAGAAGGGUUGCUUGCUUGCCCUUAGCAUCAAUUGCCAUGCCAUUGGGGGAGUGUGCGUGUGGGGUAUGGGGAGGCUGCAACAGCUGGUGGAUGGUGAUAUGGGCGCACUGGGCUCUGAGGCAACAGCAGGCACGCUCUGCAUGGCAUCAGCUCGCCUCCUCCCUCCAUGCACUCCCCUCAUCACCCUACUCUCUGGAAGGCACGCUGCACAUGGCAUCAGCUCGCCUCCUCCCCCCGUGCACUCCUCUCAUCACCCUACUCUCUGGAAACUCCUUCCUCCUCCACCCCUCCCUGCACGCCUGGAUUCCCCUCCCUCCCCUUCCUCUACCUCCUUCCUUGAUUCAUACAGACUUUUGCCUCCCCAUCCCCCCUGCAUCCCACCAGGCACACUGCGCAUAGCAUCAGCGCGUCUCCUCCCUCCGUGCACCCCUGCGGUAACUUUUCUCUCCGGAAGGUCCUUCCUCCUCCACCCCUCCCUUCACGACUGGAUGCCUCUCUCCCUCUCUCCCAUUUCUCUACCUCCUUCCUCAAUUCCUGUGGACUUUGCCUCCCCUUUCCGCCCCCCGUUCCCCCUUAUCUGCACCAGGCACACUACGCGUAGCCUCAGCGCGCCUCCUCCCCCCGUGCACCCCUCUCAUCACCCUACUCUCUGGAAAGUCCUUCCUCCUCCACCCCUCCCUUCACGCCUGGAUGCCUCUCUCUCGCCCUCACCCCUCCUCGCGCCUCUCGUCCAAUUGGAGGCCGCCACCUGGCGCGUUUCGAGCUGGGAGCUUUCGAGGCAGGCACCUGGGGAGGAGGCGCAUGCCACAAGAGCCCACCUGGAAAACGCCCUGGCGGCCUGCCGUCUGUUGAAUUCACCUGACGAGUUCAGGAGGCUCCUGGCAGAAUACGUGCGUCUGCUCACCAAGGAGGGGGAUGAGGGUCGGCUGAGGGAGGUGUGCCAGGAGCUGCUAGGGCCUAUGGACGCUGGGGAACAUGCGGUUACCACAGGCGCGGGCGUGGUUACCGAUAACCACGCGGGCACGGUUAUUCAGCGCAAUGCUCAAGUUGAUGAGGCCGGCCUGGCGCCUCGUCAUUGCGGCUGUCAUCUUAUCGUUCGUCGUCUCAGCAGCAUGGGCGGCGCCUCUAACGGGGGGCAAAAAUCCCAAGCAGACGGUUCCGCUGCCGCCAUUCUACGAAGAGGCGCUUCAGAAGCUCAACGCGUCGGGAUUCACGAGCUUCGUGUCGCUCUUCACCAUGUAUGGCAAAACAAAGCAGAUGAGUGA